AUAUGCAAUACCAAGCAAUUCCAACAUGUUAGCAGUUCUUCGCUUAGCCAAACAUAAAGUCGCGUCGGUUGGAAAAUAAACAAAUCAAAAUUAAAGAAUAAAAACUCAAUUAAUUGCACGCAGAGUAUAAGAUAUCACUGCAGAGGAUACUGCGGGAACGUAUUUGAAGAUCCUUUGUUUACAAUUUUCUCGAAGAGCAAAGGAAGCUUUUACUGUCUGCAACAAUGGCGGUGUCUCAGCCCAGCAGAUCAAGAGACCUCGAUAAGCUUCUCCUCCGCCCUGGUCACCUCGUUGGCCCGACCUUUGAGCCUGGCCCAGAACUGAGGGAGGGCAUGAAAGAGAUAGUGAAGGUGUUGGUGGUGGGAGCUGGUGGGCUGGGCUGCGAAGUGCUAAAGGACUUGGCUUUAACUGGCUUUCGGAACCUUGAUGUAAUCGAUAUGGAUCGGAUUGAGGUCACCAACCUUAAUCGCCAGUUCCUCUUCAGACUUGAAGAUGUAGGAAAGCCAAAGGCUGAAGUAGCUGCAAAACGAGUUAUGGAAAGAGUUAAUGGUGUAAAUAUCACACCUCAUUUCUGUCGCAUUGAAGACAAACCAGAUAUCUUUUAUAGUGACUUCGGCAUAAUUGUCCUUGGGCUCGAUUCCAUUGAGGCUCGGAGCUACAUAAAUAAAGUAGCUUGUGGGUUUCUAGAGUAUGAUUCUGAUGAUAAUCCUCGACAAGAAACUGUCAUACCUAUGGUGGAUGGUGGAACUGAAGGAUUCAAGGGCCACGCCAGGAUUAUAAUUCCAGGAACAACCCCAUGUUUCGAGUGCACCAUUUGGCUAUUUCCACCGCAAGUAAAAUUCCCUCUAUGUACUUUAGCAGAAACUCCAAGAAAUGCUGCUCAUUGUAUUGAAUAUGCCCAUUUAAUUAAAUGGAAUGAGGUCCAUGGUCGCAAAAGCUUUGAUCCAGAUAACCCUGAAGACAUGCAAUGGGUUUAUUUAGAGGCUGUCCAGAGGGCUGAACUUUUUGGAAUUCCUGGAGUUACAUAUUCUUUGACUCAGGGUGUGGUGAAAAAUAUUAUUCCUGCUAUAGCUUCCACGAAUGCUAUUAUCUCAGCUGCUUGUGCUUUGGAGACCUUGAAAAUUAUUUCUGGAUGCAGCAAGCCACUGUCUAAUUACUUAACGUAUAAUGGAGUCGAAGGUCUUCAUAUUAAAGUUACAGAGUUUGUGAAGGAUGCAGAUUGCCUUGUCUGUGGUCCUGGUGUUCUAAUCGAGUUGGAGAAGUCUGUUACUUUAAAAAAGUUCAUCGAUCAACUAGAAGAUCACCCUCGUCUGCUCCUGACUAGAGUGAGCGUCUCAUACGGGAGGAAAAAGUUAUACAUGCAGGCACCUCCUGAAUUAGAAAAGGACACUCGAUCUAACCUAGAUAUUCCUCUAUUCGAUCUUAUGAAUAGAGUAUCCAGGGAUACUAUUAAUGUUAAUGGCAUGGCGUGUAAGGGUGACAAGAAGCAAUCUUGUAUGAGGAUCCUACGUAUUGCAUUCAAGGGGGUUGACGGAAUUGCAGAUAUUGACAUGGCUGGUGGGGCAUAACCUCUCCAUUCCAUCACAAGAGGUACUGAAAUUGUUCAUCCAUUUGCAUAGUAGCGUAGAUGUUCCUUUUCGAUCUCAUAAUUUGUGUCAGUAUAUGAAGAAUUCAUGAAAAGCAGGAUUCUGAUCGCUUAGCAUCCUCUCAAUUUUCUUAUGUUAGGGAACUUACUUCAUCAACUGAUACAUCAAUGAAAUUGAGAUUUUGCUUC